CUGAAAUCCAUUCGCCCCACAAUCACGUCGGGACGCGACCGUCGUUAGAGCUAACGAGCCGUAAACACGCUCAUUGCCAUAGAGCAACUCACCAACAACAACCACACAAGCAAGCAACAGAGAGCUGCUCGGAUUGACGUUGAACUUCCAACAUGGUCAUCCUCUCUAAGGGUGAGUAUGUUUGGUAUCGUAAGGGAGAUGGAGGAGAGUUCGACGUGCCCAUAGGAGCGACUGUGAAACUAUCAGACACCGGGCAGAUUCUCCUUGUUGAUGAUGAGAAAGAAGAGCAUUGGAUUCCUGCUUCUGAAGCAGCAAAACUGAGGCCCAUGCAUGCUUCAUCUAUUGAAGGAGUUGAAGACAUGAUUAAAUUGGGUGAUCUGAAUGAAGGCGGAAUACUUCGUAAUCUUUUUGUUCGAUAUUACAACCACCUCAUUUAUACGUUCACGGGUUCUAUUCUUGUGGCUGUCAACCCUUACCAAGUGCUGCCGAUCUACGACCAGAGCCACAUUCAAAGGUAUCAAGACAAGAAGAUCGGCGACCUUCCUCCACACAUUUUUGCCAUUGCUGACAACGCGUAUUACUUUAUGAAGAGAGGAAGACGCAAUCAAUGUGUUAUCAUCAGUGGAGAAUCUGGUGCCGGCAAGACGGAAUCCACAAAAUUGAUUUUACAGUUUUUGGCCGCAGUCAGUGGUCAGCACUCGUGGAUCGAACAACAAAUUCUCGAAGCCAAUCCUGUUUUGGAAGCGUUUGGCAAUGCAAGAACGGUUCGUAACGACAAUUCCAGUCGCUUUGGAAAAUACAUUGAAGUUCAUUUCAAUCACAGUGGAGUCAUCGAAGGAGCAAUGAUAGAGCAGUAUCUACUGGAGAAGUCUCGUUUGGUGUUUCAGAUGUCUGGUGAGAGGAAUUAUCAUAUAUUUUAUCGUCUGCUGAUUGGCUUCUCGCAAGCGGAGAAAGACAGAUUGAUGUUGACAAAAGCAGAGGAUUAUCAUUACUUGACACAGGGUGGAGUGUUGACACUUGAUGAUUGGGAUGAAGUAGCAGAGAUGGCAAGAAUCAGAGGAGCCUUGACAGUGCUGAACUUCUCUGAUGAUGAGCAGUGGAGUUUGUGGGAACUGACUGCUACUGUACUUCAUCUAGGCAACAUCGUUUUUUCUGAAAGUGAAGUGCAGAAUCUGAGAACUGCAGCUAUUGAUAAUGAAGAAACACUAGAGAAAGCUGCCAGUCUUCUGAAAGUUGACUCACGUCAGAUGCUGAAAGCUCUGACAAUGAAGAGUACUCUUGCUAUGGGAGAAAUCAUUUACUCACCAAUGAGUAAGCAGCAAGCACUAGAUGUUCGUGAUGCGUUUGUGAAAGGCAUUUAUGGGCGUGGCUUUAUUUGGAUUGUGGAUAAAAUCAACAAAACAAUUUUCAAGCCAAAGGGUGACAAAGGGAGAGUGUCGAUUGGUGUGUUGGAUAUUUUUGGAUUUGAGAACUUUACAAUGAACAGCUUUGAGCAGCUAUGCAUCAACUAUGCUAACGAAAACUUGCAACAAUUCUUUGUUCAACACAUAUUUAAACUUGAACAGCAAGAAUACAGCAAGGAGGACAUCAACUGGGAGAGCAUUGAGUUUGUUGACAAUCAGGUCAUUUUGGACAUGCUGGCUGCAAAACCAAUGAACAUCAUUGCUCUCGUGGACGAAGAGAGUCGAUUUCCUAAGGGUACGGAUGCCUCAAUGUUGGUCAAAUUGCACAAGCAGCAUAAUGGUAAAGAACACUAUAUCAAACCGAAGUCAGCUCAUGCCACUCAGUUUGGCGUUAUCCACUUUGCUGGCACAGUUUUCUAUGAAUCCGUUGGAUUUCUGGAGAAGAAUCGUGACACAUUCAGUGCUGAUUUGUUUGAGCUUGUCCAGAGCAGCAAGAAACCAUUUAUCACUGGCCUUUUUGCAAAAGAGAGAGCCAUGGGAACAGAAACAAGGAAGAAAUCUCCAACUCUUGGUGCUCAAUUUAAGACAUCACUUGAAGCUCUGAUGAAAACUCUUGGUGCCUGCCAGCCAUUCUUCGUACGAUGCAUCAAACCUAAUGAACUCAAGAAACCAAAUCUGUUUGACAGAGAGUUGUCUGUACGGCAGUUGAGAUAUUCGGGAAUGAUGGAAACAAUCAGAAUCCGUCGUGCCGGCUAUCCCAUUCGUCACUCAUUUUCAGAAUUUGUUGAUCGUUAUCGUGUGCUCGUUGACGGCAUGAAGUCAAGCGAGUAUUACCCAGACAAGAAAGGCGCCUGCAAGACGAUCCUUCUGAAGACACUAGGAGAAGGCUUGUGGCAGAUUGGGAAAACGAAAGUUUUUCUGAAAGAUCAAGAAGACCAGCUGCUGGAGGAGAAACGAGACACAAUGCUGAUGAAGCGUGUGGUGCUGAUUCAAAAGAUUGUUCGAGGCUACUUUCAGAGGAAACGAUAUUUGAAGAUGAGGAGAGCUGCUGUGAUUAUUCAGAAGACAAUGAGGAAAAUGAGACUGAGGAGACAAUAUCUCAAGAUGAUUCGUGGUUUCCGUCGUCUUCAAGCAACGUGGAGAGCUCGAGUGUUGACUCGCAACUACCGCAAAAUGAGACAGAGAAUCUUUCUCUUCCAGUGUCGUUGUCGAGGAUAUCUGAAGCGACGCGAGUUCAGGCGUCGUCUGCGUUGUAUUAUUAAGAUUCAAGCAGGAUUUAGAAUGAUACUUGCAAUACGGAAGCGAAAGCAGUUGAUGUUAGAAAAAAAGAGACGAGAGGAGGCGGAAAGAUUGAGACGAGAGGAAGAAGAGCAUCUUCGUAAACGAAUGGCUGAAGAAGAGGCACGAAAAGAAGCAGAAAGGAAGCACCAACAGAUGAUGGUUGAGCUGGAACGUCAGAGGAUUGCGGAAGAAGAAAAGUUGAAACGUGAGGCUGAAGAGAAAAGAAAGGAGAUCGAGAGAGCCGAGGCUCAAGCAAAGAAACGCAGAGAAGAGGAUGUAGAUGACUCAAAAAUGGUUGAUGAAAUGUUUGGUUUUCUUCCUGAAGAAUCGAAGCAAAAGGGAGACAGUGAAGGCCCAUCAGCAUUCCAAGAUCUGGAGAAGUCUCACACAGCAGCCAUAGCCACAAGUGAUGUUGAAGAAAAGUCAAUGAUGUUUUCAGUUCCUGAGAUUGAGGAAGACUUGUCUGAAUACAAGUUUGCAAAGUAUGCGGCCACGUACUUCCAAGCACAAGCUACUCCUUCUUAUAUUCGUCGGCCGUUGAAGCAGCCUCUUCUUCAACACAGAACGGAGUCUGAGAAACGGGCUGCGCUUGCAGUUUGGAUUACGAUUCUUCGUUUUAUGGGAGAUCUUCCUGAAGCACGAAUGCCACAGCAACAACCACAGCCAGCAGAAAAGGAGACUGGUUCUGUCAUGGCUCGAAUGUAUCGUACAAUCGGACGUAAGUUCUCAAAGAAGGAGCUUCGAGAUGAGGAAGAGGUUGGUGAGGAACAACCUCAACAAGCCAACAGCCCACAGCAAGAAAGUGAGAUUUCAGAGAAGAAACGUCGUAAACUCAUAUCAAUGACCUUGAAGAAAAAAUCAAAAAUCACACAAGACAUGGCCACUGAGAUAUCACCACCAUCAUCCGAAGAAGCAAAUCGAUCGACCAUUGAAUCUCUCUUUCCGUUUCUGCAACGACCUUCAUCGAACCUCGAGAAGUUACAUUUUGUUAUUGGUUAUGGAAUAUUGAGGCCUGAAGUGCGUGAUGAGAUUUACUCUCAGAUUUGCAAGCAGCUUACUCAGAACCCUUCGAAGUCGUCACACGCUCGUGGCUGGAUAUUGCUCUCACUUUGCAUUGGUUGCUUCACGCCGUCAGAGAGUUUUUCCAAAUACCUUCGCUGCUUUAUAUCAGAAGGACCGCCUGGAUAUGCUCCUUAUUGUGCAGAAAGACUGAAGAGAACCAUGCAGAAUGGCACUCGUCAUCAACCACCCAGUUGGCUUGAACUGCAGGCUACGAAAGUGAAGAAGCCGUUGAUGUUGCCUGUGACGUUCAUGGACGGCAACACAAAGACAGUGCUGGCAGACUCUGCGACGACCUCGAGAGAGUUGUGUGUUCAACUAGCAGAGAAGAUUGGAUUGAAAGACGACUUUGGGUUUUCAAUCUAUAUUGCGUUAUUUGAUAAGGUGUCAAGUCUCGGCAGUGGCAGUGACCAUGUGAUGGACGCCAUCUCUCAAUGUGAGCAAUACGCCAAAGAACAAGGCGCGUCCGAACGCAACGCACCCUGGAGAAUCUUCUUUCGCAAAGAAAUUUUUGCUCCAUGGCACGACCCAACAGAAGACUUGGUGGGAACACACCUCAUAUACCAACAGAUCGUCCGUGGCAUCAAGUUUGGAGAAUACCGUUGUGACAAGGCUGAGGAUCUUGCUGAAUUGGCUGCCCAGCAAGUGUUUGUUGAUUAUGGAAGAGAUGUGACUGUUGAAAAAGUUGGUUCGGUUAUUACUUCGUACGUGCCUGAUGGUGCGAUUGUGGCUUUGGGGAUGGACAAAUGGAUCAAUGCUGUGUUUGGUUGUUUUAAAAUGCGGUUCCAUGGCAAGCAGAGCAUUGAUACUCAAAUGGUCAAGGAAAAUGUGGUUACGUUUGCUCGUUUCAAGUGGCCUCUUCUUUUCUCUCGAUUCUAUGAGGCAUACAAGUUUUCUGGACCGAGUUUGCCCAAGAAUGACGUCAUCAUUGCAGUCAACUGGACUGGAGUGUACAUCGUGGACGAUCAAGAGCAUGUACUGUUGGAGUGCUCGUUUCCAGAGUUAACAACGGUCACUAGUAGUCGUACUGGCAAGGGUGCUGGACAAAGUUUCUCUAUUAGCACAGUCAAAGGUGAUGAAUAUACUUUCACCUCCACCAGUGGUGAAGACAUCUGCGAGCUUGUUCUUGGAUUCUUGGAGGGUCUACGCAAACGAUCGAAAUUUGUUAUUGCAGUAAUGGAUUAUUCCAGUCCUGGUGAAGGUUCAUCGUUCUUGAGUUUCAAGAGGGGAGACUUGAUUUGUCUUGAGGAGGAUGAUGGAGAAACUGUGAUGCAGUCUGGCUGGUGUUAUGGCUUGUGCGACCGUACAGGAAAGAAAGGCGAUUUUCCAGCCGAGUGUGUGUAUGUGCUGCCAGCAAUUACAAAGCCAAGUGCUUAUGUUUUGUCUUUGUUUGCUGGUCAGUCAAGUGAAGCAGCUGAGAAGAUCAUUGCAACUACUGCUGUUGCUAUGGAAACAGAGAGUGACAGUCCAGAGCAACCGCACACUCUUGAAGAAUAUGCCAAGCAAUACUUCAGACCAAUACCAAAACCUACAUUGUCCAGAACUCUGUCAAAGGGUAGUUUCAAGAGGAAAGAUCUCGGUUUGCCAUGGUCAUACACAAAGGAUCCAAUCAAGAGUCCAAUCUUGAAGAAAUUCACUGGCAAAACCGAGAUAUCUUCCAAGGCAGUUGCGUCAUUCUUGGCAAUCAUGAAGUACAUGGGAGACUAUCCAUCGAAGAGAGUUCGGCAGAGCACAGAACUGACAGAUGCCAUCUUAGAGCAUGCUCUUCAACAUGAGGCAUUGAAGGAUGAAGUGUAUUGUCAGAUUAUAAAGCAACUGACUGAUAAUAAAAUCAAAAUGAGUGAAGAGAGAGGCUGGGAGCUAUUGUGGCUUGCAACAGGAAGCUUUGCUUGCAGCUCAGUCCUCCAGAAGGAAGUAAACAUGUUCUUUCGCUCAAAAGCAGCUCGUCAACCAUUAGCAGCAGACUGUCAAACUCGAUUAGCCAGAACUGUUCGUGUUGGUCAACGUAAGUAUCCACCUCAUCUUGUUGAGGUCGAAGCUAUCCAAAGCAAGACAACACAGAUUUUUCACAAAGUUUACUUUCCUGAUGACAGUGACCAGGCAUUUGAAGUGACAUCUGGCACAAGGGCAAAAGACUUUGGACAGAAUAUUGCUACAAAACUUGGUCUCAAGACGUCUGAAGGCUUUAGUCUUUUUGUUAAGAUUGCGGACAAGGUGAUCAGCGUCCCAGAUGGUGAUUUCUUCUUUGAUUUUGUUCGCCAUCUAACAGAGUGGCUGAAGAAAGCCAGACCUCCAAGAGAUGGUGUGGCACCAAACCUUACGUAUCAAGUGUUCUUCAUGAAGAAGCUUUGGUCAAACACAGUUGUUGGUCAAGAUCCGAAUGCUGACUGUAUCUUUCACUACCAUCAGGAAGUUCCUAAACUGCUACGAGGCUACCACGUUGUAACCGUCCCUGAAGCUGCAAAUCUCGCCUCUCUAGUCUAUCGUGUACGAUUUGGCGAAAACAAAACUCAAUUCCAGAACAUUCCGCAGCUGUUGGGUGAGCUGGUACCGAGUGAUUUGGCUGCUGAGGAGUCACCUGAUGAGUGGAAAAAAAUGAUUGUGGCUGCAUUCAAUAAACAUAGUGGAAAGUCAAGGAAUGAAGCGAAGCUCUCUUUUCUCAAGGUCGUGUCUCGAUUUGUGACAUUUGGCUCGGCUUUCUUUGAAGUGAAGCAAACUACCGAGCCGAAGCUUCCUGAAAUUCUUCUUAUUGCAAUCAAUAAGAAUGGAGUCAAUUUCAUCAAUCCAAAGACGAAGGAGGUAAUAGCUGUGCAUCCAUUUACAAAGAUCUCUAAUUGGAGUAGUGGAAAUACAUACUUUCACAUGACAAUUGGCAAUUUGGUUCGCGGAACCAAGCUACUGUGUGAAACUACUUUGGGUUAUAAAAUGGAUGAUUUACUAACCUCAUACAUCUCGCUGAUGCUUCAAACCAUGAAUCGCCAGAAAGGCUCCUCAGCAUCAUCAACAACAGCCCCAGGAAAACUAACCUCACCAGCUGCAAGCAAAGCAAGCCCAGCUGCUGCAGCUCCAGCUGGUGCCAGAUCAAAGGCAGCUGUCUCCAGUUCAGGCUCUGCACGACCCAAACUGGGUGCUGGUCGUAUGGGUGCUUCAAGUUCGACAAAGAAGAAAUGAAGUGAUUGUUUUCAUAAUGACUUGUUAGACAUGUGUUAGCUGUUGACUUGAUUGUAGUUUGGAUUGUGUGUAAUUUUAGUAGUGGUGUUGUGUUUUUCAUUACAGUUGACAGCUAGGAGCCGUAAGUACGGGACUUUGUAAAAGUCAUGUGACUCAAAUCGUAUGUUAACUGA